UAUUCAUAUAAUCGAAUUCAUAAUUGAUUCGAUUCUUGAUUGUGUGUAUGGUGUGCAUUUUUUGUUUGUUUUUCAAGGUCAAUCGACGCCUAAUUUCUACUUCAAUUUGAACGAAUUUUUCAUUCGUUGGUUGUCACUGUUGUUGUUGUUGUUGUUUGAAUUUCAGGUUAAUUCAAUUAUGAAGUGAAAAGAAGAAAAAAUUAUAUUAUUGAUGUUAAUUUAAUAAUAAUAACAACAACAGCAACCAUGGAUUAUCUAAAUGAUCUUUAUCAUAAAGUAUUUGAUGAUUUUUUCAUACAAUUCGAUGCUGAAUAUGAUCUUAAUUAUACAUGUAAUGUAUUUUUAUCAAAAAAUAUGACAUUAAUUGAAAUUGAUCGUGGUUGGGAAGGAAUACCCGAAUCAUUGGUCAUACAAUUGAUACUUUGUCUGUUUUUAAUAUUACCAUUUGUUAUAUUUCGUUAUCUGGCACGUUAUCAUUCAUAUGAAGUGAAAAAUAAUAAUCGAACCAAUUGGAUACAAUUUAUUUAUGGAAAUCGUGAUUUUAAAAAGAAAAAAAUUGUACAUGCAAAUGAAAAUUUUCAAUCAAUUCAAUCUUAUUUUAAUGAACAGAAUAUUUUACCAGCAAUAUUACCAUAUCAUUUAAGUAUGUGUAAAAAUCAAAAGAAAAUAAAUCAACGUAAUCUACAAUCACAUCAACAACAUAGACGUACACAUUCAACAACAUAUGGAUCAUCAUCAUCAACAAUUGUAAAUAAUAUUACAUCACAACCAUCAUCAUCAUCAAUAUCAGCAUUGACAACAAUUUUAGCACAGAAUAAUCAACAAGAUAAUAAUUCAUCACCAUCAUCGUCAUCAUCAUCAUCAUCAUCAUCAACAACAUCAACUGUAACAACAAAUACAAUAAUCAAUGCAACAAAACAUCAAAAAACAAAUAGUAAUGGUGAUAAUAAUAUAUUUGCAUCGAAUACAGCAGCCGAUUUAAGUGGUUCAAAAUCAAAUCUAGUACCAACGGAAUCAACAUUUCCAAUUGAACAAAAUUCAAAUGUACAAACAGUUUUCAUUAAUCUAAGUAAUAAUCCAAUCAAUUAUAUUCAACGUUUAUUUUCACAUUUAUUAAACAUAACGGAUGAAGAUAUACUUAAAAAUAAAGGACAUGAUGCCUAUCAAUAUCUAUUAUUUCAACGUUAUAUUAUUAUAUUUUUAUUUAUAUUAUCAUUUGUUACUAUUGUCAUCAUACUUCCUAUCAAUGUACAAGGAAAUAAUGAGGGAAAAGCAUUUGCUCGUACAUCGAUUAGUAAUGUACCACAUGAUUCGAAUCUAUAUUGGGCACAUGCCAUUUGUUCAACAUUUAUCAUUAUUGUGGGUGUAUUUCUUAUGAAUCGUUUUUCAAGUGAAUUAAAAACCGAUGAUGAUCUUAUGUUUUGUAAAACAUUACUUAUACGUCGUAUUCCUAUACUUGAUAAUCUUGUUGAAAAAUUAAAAAUUUAUUUUGAUGAAAAAUUUCCCGAUGUUAAAAUCAGUGGUAUACAAUUGAUUGCUGAUGUAAGAGAAUUAGAUUCACUUGAACAAUCAUAUCAGAAUGCUGUAAAUGCAUUAAAAUAUUGUGAAGAGAUUAAUAAUGAACUUCGAUUACAGCAGCAGCAACAACAACCAGAAGAAAAUUCAAAUAUUCAACAACAGCAACAAGGUGUUGUUAUCAUUUUAGAAAAUAAUGUUAAUGAUAAACGUUUUAUGAUUCGUCCUAUUAAUUGUAAUCGACUUUUUGGCUGUUGUAUUUGCUGUUGUCAUCGAAAUAAUGUUGAUGCAGCUGAAUUUUAUCGAAAUGAAAAACAAGAACUCGAAAUUGAAAUCUAUGAUGAAUUGCGAAAUAUUCCAAAACAAUCCGUUCGUUCGGCAUUUAUUACAUUUCAAACAGAAUUAAUGGCCAUGAAGGUAUAUAAAUAUAUAAAAAAUAAACAAAAACAUUCCUGUGCCAAUUGUCUGUUAUUUGGCCUUUGUCUAAAUUUUCGUAAUGAAUUUGAUUUGGCUAAAUGUUUGGUUAGUCAUGCUCCAUUUCCCGAUGAUGUUAAUUGGCGUGAUAUUGCAUUCGAUAUGAAUUUAUUAUGGUUAAGAAAAAUGGCCAUUUCAAUCAUUCUAUUUAUAAUAUUCUUUUUUCUAUCUACACCGGCUUUUUUAUUGAAAAUAUUUGAUCUAAUUGCAACGAAAGAAUUAAUCAAACAAGGCAUACUUAAACCGAAUUCAAUAAUUGCUGAUUUCAUGAGUCCAUUUCUAUUAAUGUUAUUGGCCGUCAUUCUACCAUCGAUUGUAACAUUUGCUUGUCAAAUGAUUCCUUAUAAAACAAUUUCCAAUUUGAAUCAUGCUGUCAUGUCAAAAGUAUAUGCUUUUUUAGUCAUGAUGAUUAUUGUAUUGCCAUCGACCGGAUUUCUUAGUAUAAAUGCAAUGUUGGGUGCUGUACUUGCAUCAAAUACUGAUCAACAUAAAUUUCGUUGGCAUUGUUUAUUUCCGGUUGAUAAUGGUGCAUUUUUUGUCAUUUAUGCAUUACAAGCAGCAAUACUUGGCAAUGUUGCAGAAAUUUUACGUAUACCUGAAUUGGUAUUAUAUCUGGUUUAUUCAUUAUUUUUACGUUCACCUGCCGAAUAUCAAAAAGCACGAAAAUGGGUUACAUUUGAUUUUCCAUUUGGUGUUAGUUAUCCAAGAUUUUUACUUAUAUUUACAAUGACAGUCAUCUAUAGUUUUGCCUGUCCACUUAUAGCUCCUUGUGGCCUAUUGUAUAUGAUUGGAAAACAUAUCGUUGAUCGUUAUAAUAUCUAUCAUGUUUAUCAACCAACAAAAAUUAAUCGCCGUAUACAUUCAAGUGCCAUAAUGUAUGUACAUAUCGGUCUCAUCUUAAUGCAAUUUCAAUUAUUCACCGUAAUGAUUAUUAAAACACAAUACUCACGUAUAACAUUAUUCAUAUUGAUUGUAUUGAUCAUAACAUUGUUGGCAUUUACAUUUUUUGGUUUUCAACAUUGGUUUCGUAAUCUAAUUACCUCACGUAUUAAUAAUCGUAAUUAUAAACAGAAACGAGAUUUUUGUGUUUGUUCCUAUACACCACCAGUAUUAUAUCAUUUAUUGGAUGAUGGAUUAUUUCAACAAUCAUCUACAUCACAAUCACAAACACAACAAUAAUGAUGAUAAUACGAAUGUGAACUAGUCCAUUUUUUUCCUACUUGUUGUGUGAUAUUCGUUUGAAUCGAUACAGAGAUUCAAAAUUUGAAAAAUUUAACUGUGAAAAUUUAGGACUCAAACAAGGAAACAAAAAAAAAAUCCAAUUAAACUGAACUGAAAUAGAAAUUCUCAUAAUGCAUAAUUAUUUUA